AUGGAUAGUACAGAGGCUGCUGCACCGCAGGGUAGCGCCGAAGACAGGGGCUCCGGCCAGGAGACAGGGCAGAAGGAUCGACGGCAGGCGUUCGACUGCAACAUAUGCUUCGAGGAGGUCGUGGAGCCGGUGGUGACGCGUUGCGGCCACCUGUUCUGCUGGGGCUGUCUGCUCAACUGGAUUAAUCGGGACAACGACAGCUGUCCAGUGUGCCAUGCGGGCGUCACCAAGGAGAACGUCGUGCCGCUGUACGGGCGCGGCCAGGAAAACAAGGAUCCUCGGUCGAAGCCCGCGGAGCCCAGGCCAGCCGCAGAGCGGCCGGAACCGCAGCAUCAGGGGGAUAACAUCAAUGCAGGCACGGUGUUCGGAGGCGUCGCAGUAUCGCUUUUCGCGUUGCCCAUAUCGGUCAUUAUGCCGUUUCAAUUCGGCGGCCACAUGGGGCUCGGGUUCACCAACCUGUUUAGCAUGCUCACCAACACCGACGACAUGUCGCCAGAGGAGAGCGCACAUCAACUCCGUGGUGCUCAUAACGCUGGGACUGACGAUGAUUGCCUACAUCGUCUUGGUCAUGUGACAGCGGUGGAAUCCUGCGCCGUUUGA